AUGAGGAAGAUGAUGAAGAAGCUGGCUUGGAACCUUAUUUUGAUCUCUGUGCUUCUCCUCUCCUUCCAAUUCCCGGCAGCAUCAGCUCGACGACUUGGUGAUCACCGUUAUGUAAAUCCAUCACCAGCGUUCCCAAAUCUUGAACUUCUUAAUCUCAAAUUUAAUCAGCUCACUAGCCCCAUACCAGAAACAAUUAGAUACCUCUCAAAACUACAGUUCCUUGACCUCAAUCGUAAUCAUCUCAACGGCACUAUACCUCUUUCUCUUGCUAAUCUUACUCAACUUUAUGAGCUUGACCUUUCACAGAAUGACAUAAUUGGGAUAUUAUACCCUCGUCUAUUCCCUGAUGGAUCUGAUGAACCCAAAACAAGCUUGAUUGGUAUAAAGUAUCUUGUGCUUCAAGGCAUGCUCCUUGGAGGCAUAAUUCCAAAUGAAAUAGGGAAUUUGAAGCAGUUGACCGUUCUAACUCUAUAUCAAAAUAGCUUUUAUGGAUCUAUACCCCCGUCUUUGGGGAAUUGUACACAUCUAAACAUUCUGUCUUUGACCGUAAACAAUCUCUUAGGUGCAAUUCCUCCUACUCUUGGUACACUAACCAAUCUAACAGAAGUUUACUUGUUUAUGAACAAUUUAUCCGGUCCUUUACCACAAGGAUUUGAAAAUCGUUCUUUUACCAUGCUUGUUAUCUCUGAUAACAAUUUCAUCGGCCACUUACCGCCACAGAUAAGGGUUUGGGAGUAUCCCAAUCUUACCUACAUGGACCUGAGCUACAAUAGGCUGCAAGACAUAAUUGACGCAACAGGGAACUUUGCUAAAAAAUACUGCAUUGGGGAGGGAGCUCUUGGAAAGGUUUACAAGCUGAUAUUACCAAGAGAGGAUAAAGUAUUUGCUAUAAAAAAGUUGGUUAGUGAAGCUGAUACCCUUGAUAUUGAGAGCAUAAAAGCUUUUAAGAGUGAGAUCAAAGCCUUGACAGAAACAUGUCAUCGUUUUGGCACAGCGAGAUUCUUGAAGCCUGAUUCAUCAAUUUGGAUAACAUUUGUUAGCACAUAUGGCUAUGCUGCUCCUGAGCUUGCAUACAUAAUGGUAGUGACAGAAAAAAUUGAUGUGUAUAGCUUUGGUGUUUUGGCCAUUGAAGUGCUUAUGGGUGAGCAUCUCGGUGAAUUAAUAUCCUAUAACAGAACAAGUGGGAUGAAUCAGAUCAACUUCAAAGAGAUUCUAGACCCUCGUUUAUCAUCAACAACUCAUCAAAAAUUGAAGAAAUUGGCUUUGAUUUGGCAUCUAGCUCUUCAAUGCCUGCAAACAAACUCUCAUGCUCGGCCAACCAUGUGA